CCCCCUGCGACACUGAAAAAGAAUAAGCGGCAGAAAAUGGAUGGAUGGAUGGAUGGAAUUUAGAUUUACUCAAGAAAAUUCAGACCUCUGGGAAAAUCUUGACUCGUGGAUGGCAAAAAAAAUUUUGGCUCUUGUAAAAAAAAAUGUUUUGUUUUGGACCUUUCCAUUUGGAGUUUGGGUGCUCUUCCUUUGCACAUCUGGUCAACAAGUUUAGGUUAACUGAUGAUUUUACAUUGGUGGUACAUGUGAAUAUGAAAGUGAAUAGUUGUCUUUCUCAGUAAGCCCUAUAACAGACAGGCAAACAUAUCCAGGGUGCACCCUUCUUUUCUCACCAGGCCAUUUGGUGACAUUCAUUGGAUAAGCAGUUGCAGAUCAGAAAUAUCGACCGAAUUCUUUGUAAUCCAUUUUGACCACACCUGAACUUUACAGUCAUACACCCUACAUACGAAGUAUACUGGUAGGCUGUCAUUUGUCAUAAUCCAAAGAUGCAGUGUGUGUGUUUUCUCAAACCAUCAUUCAGUGUUGCAUUCCUUUGUGUCAGAAAGUCUCCUCUAAUUACUCCUAGCCUGCAGGUCUGUAAUACAGAGCCUCUUCACUUUAAGCACAGCAGGCAGAAUGCUCUGUGAAUCCUCAAGAACCGUCCUCAUCUCUAAACCACACCAGGAGCACAAUGAAAGGUCACCUCUGCUUCUGCAAUAUCAUAAGGUCAUAUUUCAGGGUCUGGAAGGUGAAAUACCACCUGCAGUUUCCUUUUAUUUAUUUUCUGAAAAUUGAAGUGCCUGUCACUCACUUGGAGGUUUUAAGCUUUAUUAGAAGCUUCUGAAUCUAUCUAUCUAUCUAUCUAUCUAUCUAUCUAUCUAUCUAUCUAUCUAUCUAUCUAUCUAUCUAUCUAUCUUUGUGGAGAAUACUUGGAUCAAAAUUCUAUUUGAUUGCCACCUUUUUGCACCUCUUCACUGGUUUCCAUUGCUUGGCAUUUAAAAGCGAACAUAAAUCUUGGACCUUUUAACCCUUUUUUCCACAGGCAGCACUGUUAUGGUCAUUCCAAAGCCCCGGUUGAUCUGGGUGAGACCGAAGGUGACGAGGAAUUUGCUUUUAGAGACUUUAAAUUUUGAAACUCCCACACCCUUAUGGAAUUUAAUUUUAGCACCAGUGUUACAAAAACAUCACUAAAACCAUUCCAAUUUUACAAGUUCACAGCAAAUACAAAGAAUUAAGCAUCUAACAUAACGCUAUUUAACUAUAGUGAGUUUAAUGACAUAAAUGAUUAUAGAAGAAUCUAAAUGCAGCUAAUUAAACUCUGUAACUAUAAUGAUUUCAGUCCAUUACUUAACAUGAUGAAUAUAAUUCUGUGUUAUUCUGUAGUUCAAUUUGUAGUCAUUAAAAUACCAAGUUCACCAAACAUGCACUACAUUGCUUCACUCUUUCAAACAUAUCUCAGCGAUCUCUUUGCCUCAGGCAAGCGCAGGAGUGUUGGCCUUGCUCCAUUGGAUCUGGUCUGUCGGUGCCUCCUUAUAAAGGAGGAGUGAAUGUCUGAGGGUCUCUUAGUCUCUUCUCCCAGCAGAACUGACACUACUGCUGCUUCACAAUCAAUGAAGUGCAACCCACUGUGCUAGUUGUCCUCUGACGGUCCUUUGCCCACUCUGCUGCCUUUUUUAAUUCUGCAUUUUUCACGACUCCAAAAAUAGGACUGACUGCAGCAAUUGCACAGGAAGCUGGCUUGGGCAAGGAUGUUUCUUACACCACUGCUGCUGGCCACAGCACUUUCCAGCAUAUGGGCCCAAGACUUUUACCAAGCGAGGAAAACCAUCAAGAAUUCUGGAGCCAAACCUCUUGCUGCAAAUAUCUACAAUGAUCAAGCCAUCCUUGAUGAAGAGUGUAGCCUGGAACUUGCCUUCCUGUUGGACAGCUCUGAGAGUGCAAAAGACAAUCAUGAGGAUGAAAAGCAGUUUGCCAUGAACAUGGUGGACAGACUCCAAGGUGUCCGGCUGCAGACUGGACGCAGCUUGAGUUUGAGAGUUGCUCUGCUGCAGUACAGCAGCCACGUUAUCACAGAGCAGACCUUCAGAUAUUGGAGAGGAGCAGAGAAUUUCAAGACCCAAAUAGCCCCAAUAGUCUACAUUGGGCAUGGCACCUACACCACGUAUGCCAUCACCAACAUGACCAAGAUUUACCUGGAAGAAUCCAGCCCUCACAGCAUCAAAGUAGCAGUGCUGCUUACAGAUGGUGUUUCCCACCCAAGGAACCCUGACAUUUUCUCUGCUGUUGCUGAAGCCAAAAACCAGGGCAUCAAGUUCUUCACUUUGGGCAUCACCCGAGCAGCCAAUGAGCCGGCCAAUGUUGCUAAUCUCCGCCUCCUCGCCAGCUCCCCUGCUUCUGUCUUUCUCCAUAAUUUACAGGAUAAUAACAUAGUCGAAAAAAUCUCCACUGAAAUUAUUGGCUUAGCUGAUGAAGAUUGCCCAGUGGCUCAGAGAUGUGCUUGUGACAAAGGAGAGAGAGGACCCAGUGGGCCUGCAGGAAAGAAAGGUCGCCCUGGUGAUGAUGGAGCCCCGGGGCCUAAAGGGCAAAAGGGUGAAGCAGGAUUAAGUGGAGUACCCGGGCGAGAGGGUCCAGAGGGAAAACCAGGUUACAGAGGAGAUAAGGGUGAGAGGGGUGAAUGUGGCACUCCAGGAAUCAAAGGAGACAGGGGUCCUGAGGGGUCAAUAGGAGAAAGAGGACCCCGAGGCCUGCAGGGUUUACCAGGACCACAUGGAGACAGGGGACCUGAGGGCCCCCAGGGAAAGCAGGGUGAACGGGGCCCAUCCGGCCCUCCAGGAAUUCAAGGGGAGACUGGUAUUGGGCUUCCUGGACCAAAAGGUGACAUGGGAUUCCAGGGCAGACCAGGUCCUUCUGGUCCUCCAGGAGUGGGUGAACCCGGCCUUCCUGGACCUCAAGGACCACAAGGUGUUCAAGGGGAAAAGGGACCCCAAGGUGAAGGGUUUCCUGGGCCAAAGGGGGAUCGAGGGCUGCCAGGGCCCAGGGGACCGCGGGGACAGCAGGGUGUAGGCAUCAAAGGAGAAAAGGGAGAACUGGGCCAACCAGGAUUGCCAGGGCCAACUGGACCAAUAGCAGUGGGCAUACAGGGAGAAAAGGGAAAUGAAGGACCAAGAGGCCCUCCAGGAGUCAGAGGUCUUCCAGGAGAAGGUCUACCUGGGCCCAAGGGAGACCAAGGUUUACCAGGAGAGCAUGGAGCUCCAGGAGAGACAGGUGUUGGUGAACCUGGGCCAAAGGGAGAACCUGGAGCGGUAGGAGUGAGUGGCCUGCCUGGUCUGCCAGGAGAAGAUGGAGCUCCAGGGCAGAAGGGUGAGCCUGGUUUGCCUGGUUUAAGAGGUUCUGAGGGGCCACAAGGAGUUGGUACUCAAGGCGAGAAGGGCGACCAGGGUGUUAGGGGCAUCCGUGGGUUACAUGGACCUCCUGGGGUCUCAGGACCAUCUGGACCAAAAGGUGAACGCGGGAUACCAGGCCAGCAGGGCAUGCCAGGGCAGCCGGGACGGUCCAUAGCAGGUGCAAAGGGUGAUAUUGGUCCCGCUGGCCCACCUGGUCCUAUUGGAGAAACAGGCCAUGGACUACCUGGUCCAAAGGGUGAUCGCGGCUAUCCAGGUUCACCAGGUCCUGCUGGCCCAAAAGGCCAAGGCAUCCCUGGCCCUAUGGGUGCUCCAGGCCAGCCAGGACUACCAGGUGAGCCCGGCCCAGAAGGAGUAGGAUUUCCUGGACCUAAGGGAGACAUUGGGUUUAGAGGAUUGCCAGGUUUGCCUGGUCCACCAGGAGAAGGCUUACAGGGACCACUAGGCAAUGUUGGAAGGCCAGGUCCUCCAGGCCCAACUGGACCUCCAGGAGAAGGUAUUCAAGGUCCAAAGGGUGAGCCAGGAUCGCAAGGCAUGACUGGGCCUAGAGGGCCUCGGGGAGAUGGGCCUCCUGGAGAAAAAGGUGAUCGUGGACUACAGGGUGAGAGGGGGAUAAAGGGUACAAAAGGAGACAUGGGAGAUCCUGGAGUCCCUGGUGAAAUGGGAAGGCCUGGAGAAAAGGGAGAACCAAGCCUCACAAGAGAAGAAAUUAUCAAGCUGAUCAAAGAAAUCUGUGGAUGUGGCAUCAAGUGCAAGGAAAGGCCAAUGGAACUUGUCUUCGUCAUUGACAGCUCAGAGAGUGUUGGGCCUGAGAACUUUGAGAUCAUCAAAGAUUUCGUCACGAGGUUAGUGGAUCGGACCACAGUUGGACGCAACGCCACCAGAAUUGGCCUGGUCCUCUACAGUCUGGAUGUUCAUUUACAAUUCAACUUGGCUCGCUACAUCAGCAAGCAGGACAUCAAGCAGGCGAUCAGAAAAAUGCUUUACAUGGGAGAGGGCACUUACACUGGCACUGCAAUUAGAAAGGUGACUCAGGAGGCUUUCUUCAGCGCCCGCCCCGGUGUCAGAAAAGUAGCCAUCGUCAUCACUGAUGGUCAAACUGACAAACGAGAGCCUGUCAAGCUUGAUGUAGCUGUGCGGGAGGCUCACGCUGCAAACAUUGAGAUGUACGCCCUGGGAAUUGUCAAUUCCUCUGAUCCAACCCAGGCUGAGUUCUUACAGGAACUCAAUCUUAUAGCCUCAGACCCAGACAGUGAACACGUGUACCUCAUUGAUGACUUCAACACGCUAACAGCACUGGAGUCCAAACUUGUCAGCCAGUUCUGUGAAGAUGAAAAUGGUGCCUUUGUUUACAAUCACAUUGCCAAUGGACACCGGAAUGGUAACAAUGGGCUUAGUGUUAGUGGAAAUAAUGGAGCGACUACUAAUACCUAUAAUGGCUAUGACAACAAUGGUUACAUUUUUGGAAACAAUGGAUAUGGAAACAGUUAUGAAGAAGAAAUCCAAAACCAAAGACACACCAAUAGCCGUGGCCGUGGAGACACUUUCCAACUGCCCAUCAGUGCCGAUCCUCUUCCUGUUCAGGUAACAGAGGAUGAUGAUGGUGAAGAUUUAGAUUUAAGGGCUCACGUGCGGGGUGACAAGUAUCUGUCUAGAGUCAACAAAACAACAUUUAUAUCACCUGGUAGAGAAAGUUCUGUGUCCAAAACAACUGUUGUAUCAUCUUCAUCAUCAUCUGUAUCUGGAACAUCUUCAUCAACACUGACUUCAAGUUCCUCCUCAAACUCAAAUCAGUUACACCCUGUGGUGAUUCCAGUUCAGCCUGGAGAGACCCCUCGUCUCGAUCCCCGCUGUGACCUCAGCUUAGACCAAGGCACCUGCCGAGACUAUAUCAUACGCUGGUAUUAUGACAAGCAGGCCAAUGCUUGUGCACAGUUCUGGUACGGAGGCUGUGGUGGAAAUGGCAACCGUUACGAAACAGAAGAUGAAUGCAAGAAGACUUGCGUUCUGCUCAGAAGAGGUGGAUAAAAGGAGGAAACACCAUCACUAGGAGUCUAGCUCUACAACCUUCAGCUUUCCUCAUUUUAAUGAGAUGCCUUGUGACUCUUGUGUCACAGUUGGCCUUAGACACAAAAAUUUUUUUUAAUAAAUAGAGAGACAGCUGACAUGUUCCUGGUUUAACAAAAACAAAAUCAGAUUGACUUUUAUUUUAUUAAAAAGCCUUUCUUACCUCUGUGAUAUUGUAUUGUCCUUCCUAGGCUUAAAAUUCUAUGGAUUAUUCUUAUACCUCACCCAGACAUGCAGUUUAUAUAUUCUGAAUAUAUUUAGAGUAAAACAGCAUUCGUGAAAUGUUUUAUAUUAUGCUGAUAUAUGUGUUUUGAGUACUUUUGUGUUUUCCUGUUUGUUUUUCCUGAUUCUAUUGCAAUGUGUCCACAUGGGUAAAACUGGCAGCUGUAAUAAAGUAACAAAGGUGUUUUA